GGAGGUAACAUGUCGGAGUCAUUCAGUUGACUGUGGAACCUACUGAUGACUGUAUUUACUGCUAGUUAAGAAUGUCAAGCUCGCCUGGGCGUUGUGAAGCCCCCGUACUGACGUGUUGGGGAGCCCAGGCCAGCCUAACGUCACCCAUUCUCACAAAAGGAAGAAGCUGUCCCCCCCCGCUUACUGCAGCUGCACUGCCCUGUGAACCUUGCUGACGAUCCGGAGCUGAAUGUAGGAGCGGUACAGGGAGGUAGGGCGCCGGAGCCGACUAGCUACAGGUUGUUGUGACGAACAGGGAGUUUCAAUCAGGAAUCUUCGAGUUAACUUUCUCUGAAAGUGAAGUUUUGCUGCUGUUUAAUUUUUUUUUAAUCACUAUGACUGAAGGUACCAUCGUGAAAGAGGGGUGGCUUCACAAAAGAGGAGAAUACAUAAAAACGUGGAGGCCCCGCUACUUUUUGUUGAAGACUGACGGCACGUUUAUUGGCUACAAAGAGCGGCCACAAGAUGCAGAGCAACUAGAAACACCUUUGAAUAACUUCUCUGUAGCACAAUGUCAACUGAUGAAGACAGAGCGACCAAAAUCAAACACAUUUAUCAUCCGGUGUCUCCAGUGGACUACAGUAAUAGAAAGAACAUUUCAUGUUGAUAGCCCAGAGGAACGGGAAGAAUGGACAAAAGCCAUCCAAACAGUAGCAGAUCGUCUUAAGCAAGAGGAUGACAUCAUGGACUACCAUCUACAGUCACCUACUGAUCACUCAUGGACUGAUGCCAUAGAAAUUUCUCGCACUAGACCAAAAGACAAAGUGACUAUGCAUAAUUUUGAAUACUUAAAACUCCUUGGAAAAGGCACAUUUGGAAAGGUAAUUCUAGUAAAAGAGAAAGCUUCUGGAAAAUAUUAUGCCAUGAAGAUUCUUAAGAAAGAAGUCAUUGUAGCAAAGGAUGAAGUAGCGCACACUGUGACAGAAAACAGAGUGUUACAAAAUUCUAGGCAUCCAUUCUUAACUGCACUGAAGUAUUCUUUUCAGACAAAUGAUCGUUUGUGUUUUGUUAUGGAUUAUGCAAACGGAGGUGAGUUAUUCUUUCACCUAUCAAGAGAACGUGUUUUUUCUGAAGACCGUGCCCGUUUCUAUGGAGCAGAGAUUGUUUCUGCUUUAGAUUACCUCCAUUCUGAAAAAAAUGUAGUCUAUAGAGAUCUUAAGUUGGAAAACCUUAUGCUGGACAAUGAUGGUCACAUUAAGAUAACUGACUUUGGGCUUUGUAAAGAAGGUAUCAAGGAUGGAGCAACUAUGAGAACCUUCUGUGGAACACCAGAAUAUCUUGCACCAGAGGUUUUAGAGGAUAAUGACUAUGGGCGCGCUGUAGACUGGUGGGGUCUUGGAGUUGUGAUGUAUGAAAUGAUGUGUGGCCGCCUUCCCUUCUACAAUCAGGAUCAUGAAAAGCUGUUUGAACUCAUUCUAAUGGAAGAGAUUAAAUUUCCACGUACUUUGUCACCUGAAGCCAAAUCUCUUCUUUCUGGGUUGUUAAAGAAAGAUCCCAAACAAAGGUUGGGUGGUGGCUAUGAUGACGCAAAGGAAGUAAUGCAAGACAAAUUCUUUGCUGGAAUCAAGUGGCAAGAUGUCUAUCAGAAAAAGCUAAUUCCACCAUUUAAGCCUCAAGUGACAUCUGAGAUGGACACAAGAUAUUUUGAUGAAGAAUUUACAGCACAAACAAUAACAAUCACUCCACCUGAUCGAGAUGGCAGCAUGGAAUCCAUAGAUAAUGAGAGAAGACCACACUUUCCCCAGUUUUCUUACUCAGCCAGUGGAAGGGACUGAACUCAACUGCCUUAAAAAAAUGAAUAAAGGAAAUUGGAUCAAAUUUAUAAUAAGGAAUGAGCAUGAGAGGUUAUCAGUAUCAUCUGGUUGGUUUUUGGUGAUUUGGACAACAAUGUUUGCUGUUUCAACAAAAUCUUCAUUUGUGAUAUAUUGGAAUGUGAGCUGUUAUUUAAACUGAAAUAUUGUUUCCUGUACACAACUAAUUUUAAAUGAGCAAUCAUGGGAACAUGCAUUUGGAAUACAUGGGUGCCAUUUUGAUUGACAGGACAGUGGAAACUGAUAUUUUGAAUGGAACACACCCUUUAUUAUCGCUACAUAUUUCUGGUCAUUGGGUGCAUCCAAUUGAUCAGAAAGAAUUAAAAUUCUGUUUCCGUAAAAUUCUCAUUAUGCUUGGUUCCUUGCAAAUUAUUUUCAUACCUAUAAACAUAUGGAAUGAUCUAUCCAAUCUAUUGACAAGUGUAAGAUCUGACUAAGAUAGUAGUGCAAGAAGCAAAUCUGUUAAGUCAGAAAUAGCUCAUUAAGCACUACUGGCCCAAUAUACAUGACUGUAAAGGUGAACUGUACUCUGGAAUCCAACCAGAGCUUCAGCUACAAUUUGUUUACCUAUCUACAAUGUGUAAACAUCAAAUUGCCUCAGUGAGGCACAAUAAUAUCUUCAGCGUGGGAACUUUGCUGCAGUGUGUGAGGAGAAAUUGAAAUCUAGAAUAAUUGUUUGCAUUUCAGUGUUCAGCUUCUUACUAACUGAAAUACAUUCCACAUAUUAUCUUGUUUAUAUGUAAUAAACAUGCCAUUUCUUUGAUGCUUUCUAGGCAUCUUUGGAUUUUGCUUUCACAGUUUGGUAACACUAUUUAUCAUUUUUUUAAAAAUUUAAAUCAAUUAUGUCAAUACACCAAACUUAAUGCUUGAUCACGAAUGUUGAGGAAUGUUUGUUUCCCCGUUUGUGGUUAGUUUCUGGAUGUUAUUGUUCUAAAUGGAGCAGAAAAAUAUCUAUCAUACUGUAUUCAAAUUGUAAUGAAUCAGUUCAGUCAUCAGUUACAUUCCCUUGAGAUUGCUCACAUCAUUCUCGCUCAUCUACAUGGAAAUUGCAGGAUUGAACUGGUAGUCAAUGCACUAUUUGUGAGUAAAUGCUCUACAAACACUGUCGUUCCUGCUUUUCACUUGGCAUUUGGUGGAUCAAAGAUAACUAAUUAGGUAUUGGUAAACAAAACCAGUUACUGCUAUUUUGUACACUUGUAGCAUUUUUACAUAUAUAAUGUAACAAUUUCCU